ACCAACCCCUCCUUUUACAGGUGCCCGUGCCUGUCCCUUGCCAGCCUCCCCAGACCCUCCCUUUACAGGUGCCCGUGCCUGUCCCUCGCCAGCCCCCCCAAGCCCCUUGACAUUCCUGCCCCUCUCCCUACCGGCCUUCUCAGCCCCGCCCCUCGCAGGUCCCCUUAGCCCCGCCCCUCAGAGGGCACCCCUGCCCAUCAGUUCUAAGUCCCCAAGAACCCCUCAGGUCUUCUACCCGCAGCCUCCUCGGUUCCUCCUCUCUCACCCUCUCCCCACGGCCUGGGCCCCUCCCCGGUCGCUGUCCUCAGGGUUCAUUGGCUCCUUAUCUCCCCGGUAACCAGACCACAACAGUGAGCUUGGAGCACCAAGGACAGGUCAGGCACUGCAGCAGGUAGGGCCCUGGCCCUGCUCCCGGUGCUCCCCUGCAGCUGGCCGGUUCCCCCUCCUCUGUGACCAAACAGCCCGACCUCGGAGAUACCGAGACCCCAAGAGAUCUGUCUCCCCACCCCCGCCCUGCGCCAGAGUCGGAGCCAAGGCUCAAGACAGAGAAUGUGAGAGCCCCUUGCAGUUCAUCGCCCCGCCUCCUCCCGGCCCUCGCCUGCCGGCUGUCCAGAGUGUCCUGACUUGGCCCCUGCAGGAGCCUCGCCCUCUUUGGCCAAGAUGCCUUUGCGAAUCUCGCCAGGCAGCGCCCGCUCCGAGGAGGGAAGCGAGGGCUUUGUGGAAGGACAGGUGGACUGGGAGCUGAGCAGACUGCAGCGACAAUGCAAGGUGAUGGAGGGAGAGAGGAGGGCCUACAGCAGGGAAGUCCGCCAGCGCAUCAACAAGCAACUUGAGGAGAUCCAGCGCUUGGAAGACCUGCGGGCCAAGCUCCAGGUGCAGAUCGGUGUUGCUCAGAGCCAGGGCAAGCGGCUUCAGGACAGUAAACGGGUGGAGAACAUGGACCAGCUGUUGAAGUGCCAGGAGCAUGCGCAGGCUGAGAUCGAGGAGCUGAAGGAGAAGAACAGAGACCUGGACAAGCAGAUCCAGGAGUGGGAGAACCGGAUCUUUACCCACAGUAAGGAAGCCAAGGCCCCAGCAUUCAUCCUGAAUCGGAAAUGCAAGAUCCGACGAAGGAUCAAGUUCCUAGAAGACCAGGUGGACAGGGUCACCUGUCACUUUGACAUCCAGCUGGCACGAAAUGCCACCCUGCGGGAGGAGCUGGAACUGCUGCGAAUCGAGAGGAACCGCUAUCUGAACAUGGACCGCAAGUUGAAGAAGGAGAUCCACCGCUUGCGGCAGAUGAUCAGCGCCCUCAUUGUUUCCUCCACCUCUGCCUACGUUGUCAGGGAGGAGGCGAAGGCCAAGAUGGGCAUGCUUCGGGAGCGGACGGAGAAGGAGGUGGCCCAGAACGAGACGGACACGCAGAUCCUGCUGCGGCAGAUAGCGCACCUGGAGCAGCUGCACCGCUUCCUCAAGCUCAAGAACAAUGACCGGCAGCCGGAUCCUGCUGUCGUGGCGAAGCGAGAAAAACGCGCCCUGGAAGGCGUCCGGAAGACCUCCCAGGAGAAGCUGGUGCUGCGCUAUGAGGACGCCCUGAAAAAACUGUCCCAGCUCACCGGGGACAGCGACCCUGACGUGUUGGUGCAGAAGUACCUGGAGAUGGAGGAGCGCAACUUUGCCGAGUUCAAUUUCAUCAACGAGCAAAACUCAGAGCUGGAGCAUCUGCAGGAGGAGAUCAAGGAGUUGCAGGAGGCCCUGGCGACCUCACAUGCCAGUGAGGACAACCAGCAUUCGCUGCAGCGGCAGAAGCGUAAGGAUCUGCAGCAGCGCGUGGACAGUGUGCACUCGGAGGCUGAGCAGCUCGAGGCCCGCUUCCAGAGUUUGCGGGAGCAGCUGGAGAAGCUCAAGGCUGAUAUCCAGCUCCUCUUCACCAACGCCCACUGCGACAGCAGCAUCAUUGAUGACCUCCUUGGGGUCAAGGACCAGAUGCCAGACCGGGACAUAGGCCUGUUUCUUGGCAUCAUUGAGAAGCGCCUGGUGGAGCUGCUGACGGUGCAGGCCUUCCUCGACACCCAGAACUACACCUCCUUUGCUGACGCUGCCCUCAUGGUGCUGGGACAGACCCUUGAGGAAUUUCCGAAGAAGAUAACCCCACUCCAGCUCCCUGACAACCUAGAGGACCCCCCGGGUUUUGAGGCCAGAGAUGACUAUCCUAUGAGCAAGGAGGAGCUGCUGAGCCACGUGUUGAAGUCGAUGGAGCUCUUGGAGCAGGCGCAGGAGCUGAGCAGCAUUCCCACCGUGGGCUUCUCCAGCAACCGGCAGAUCAGCUCCGGCACCACCCUGGCGACCCCCAGGGACGCCAAACCUACCCCCGGAUCCAUCUUGAUCAAGGGGAGUAGCAAAGACCGUGGAACCGUCUCCACCAGCCGCGUCACCUUUGGCAUCUCCAGCUCUGGCGAGGGCCAGGCGCCUAGCCGUGGUACCCUUGGCAACCAGGGCACCAGCGCGGGCCGGGCGGCCACCGCCUCCUCGAGUGCCAGCAGGGCACCAGCGUCCAGCCGCACUUCGAGUGGGGGCCGCGUGACCUUCAGGCCUGUCAGCACUAGCAGCUACCUGGGGUCCACUGGAUACCCGGCGUCCAGUAGAGGGCGAGACAGCUUUAGAAGCAGCGUGGAGAGCAGGGGCACGGGGUCGGUGCUGAGUGGCGGCCUUGCGUCCAGCAAAGGCGGCGUCUCCAGCACCAGCCCUCGCUCCACCACCAGCAAAGACUCCCGGUGCUACUACUAGGGCGCCCGGCCCCACCCUGCCCCUGGCUCCCUGCAGGGGCUUUUUUGUGUUUCUGUCUCCCUGUUUGCCUUGUGACUCUCCUUCUUUGUCUCCUAGUUCCAGGCCUCUGUGUCUUUUUACCCCCCCCCCCAAUCUGUUUCCAUUUGUCCUUCAUAAUCUCCGCUCUGCCUCCUGGUCCCUGUCUGUCUCUGACCCUCCUUCCCCUCUGUCUCCCAGUCUCCUGCCUCGUCCCCGGGUCUGCCUCCCCAGCCCUGGCUCCCCAGCCCUGACCCCUGCUCACCCCCCACCUCCUGUGUCCAGCUCCUCCUCUCCCCUCUGUCUCCCAGGCUCUCCUUUCAUCCCGUGUCCCUGUCUCCAUGGCUCCUCCUUCCUCACCCUUCCCAAGAGCCCCCCGGUACUGACUAGUGGGGAGAAAAUCAGGGCAAAGAUUGCAGGUUGAGCAUGAGCUGUGACCAUGGGAAGCACAGGUGAGAGCCUGACUUGUACCCCAGUCUGGUCACAGCGUGUGUGUGUGUGUGUGUGUGUGAGAGAGAGAGCAAGCCCAAGACGCGGCUGCUUCCCGUACCUCCACCCCGGGGAGAAUUUACGAGCCUGUCCCUGUUCCCUGCCGUUCAUUCAUUCAUCCCUUCACUUUUUUGAGACCUGCACAUUUCAGGGUCUACUAGGAACUGGGAAAUGCAUCGGUCUGGAGAGGCUGGGCUCUGCUGCAGUCACAAGCUCAGAAUCUCCGUGGGCCGCGUGCUGCCAAGGCGUCUCUCCAUCGUGGGUCGGCUGCCAGCUCUGCUCUGCAGCACCCUUGUGCCCCAGGCUGACGCGACAGCCUUCGCCUGGAGUGUUGCCGGUUCCGUCGGCACGGAGAGAGAAAAACGGGAAAGCACGCAGUGACUCUUAAAGCUUUUACCUGGAUGUGACAUGUUACCUCCGCUCACAUUCAUUUGCCAGGUGAUCGUGCCCAACUACAAAGGGGAGUGGGGAAGCACAGUCUUGGAAGGAAGGAGAGACAAGAGGGAUUAUUUGUGGACAGCCCCAGUGGCCACUGCAGGGUCACCGAGACAAAGCAGACCUGGCCCUCGCCUGCAGUGGGGGAGGGCUUGGGAGUGACAGGCAUGAGGACAGCAUGGCUAACUCUUUCCUGUAGUGGAGUCUCGCCAGACGCCCUGCUAAAAUAUAAUCCAGCCAAAUCCAAACGUCGUUCAUCAUUCACCUUCCUAAUCCAGGAAGGUAGUACCAUGAACCCCAUUGCUCUUAAAAUUGGGUUGAUAAUGUUACAUAUUUAAGAAUAAAAUGAAUUGCUACA